CCCCGAGUCUCUGUUCUCUCGUAUAGUUUCCUGCUGGAAACUGCCCCGAGGCGAUGCAACCACCUCACUCGAGAGCUGAUCGUGCCGUCAGCUAGAAAUCCUCCGCGAAUAUAACAACAUAAAUACGCACGCGAGUUAACGAGAUUCUCGUUUUGAGAAAGAAAAUUGUUUCUCUUUUUCUUCUCUUCUGCUUUUUUUUUCUCUUCAUUUUUUUCAAUAUAUAUAUCUAUGUAUAUAUAUAUAUUUUUUUUUAUUUAUAUAAUUUUGUUUGGUGUGUGACAACGACAGUAUUAUCAUCCUCCGUUCUCUCUCUCUCUCUCUCUUUUUUUCUUUUUUCUUUUGUCUCCUUUCUUACCUUUUCUCGAUCCCUUUUUUCUUGUUUUUAAUUUAUCCUCGUCCAUUCCAUUUUCUCACGCUUAAAGAUAUAUUUAUAUAUUUAUAUAUAUAUAUAUCUAUGUCUAAUUUUCUUUUUGACAAUAAUUAUUAUUAAUUCUUGUUAUUAGUGUGUUUUCUUUUUUACAUUUUGUUUGUCUGUUUUUUGCUUCGAUUUUGAGUUCAAUUGAUUUUAGAAAAAAAAAAGAAAGAAGAAGUAUAUAUAUAUAUAUGUGUGUGUGUAUGUGUAUGUAUAUACAUAUAUAUAUAUAUAUACACACGAGAAGAAAGGGAUAGUUUAUCAUGGGAAAUAAUUUUCGAUACAUUUGCAAUCGGAACAUUCUCAUAACGGAGGACAAAAAGAAAAAGAACUUUGUGCAGUGACCUUUUUUUUUUUUUGUUCUAGUGUCCACUUUUAACAAUUCUUAUCUCUUCUCUCUUAUCUUCUCAUUCAUUAAAAUUGAGUAACGAUAGAAAGAAAGAGAGACAGAAAUGGAAAUAUAAUAAUCGUCAUUAAGUGAGAGCAUAAUUAAUAUAAUGAUUUGAUCGAGACAAGAUAUAUAUCGAUCGAGACACAUUACCUCUCGAGUUAUACAAAAGGAAAUACUUAGGUGAAGAAAAGAAGAAGAAAGAAGAUUCGAAGUGACGUCGUUUUCUUUCAAUUCCAAUUUUUUUUUUUUUUUGAGUUCUCUUCAUUUUUUUCUCGUCUUUUUUUUUGGUGAUAUCGGAAGACAUUGUUACACAUGACUCUUUUCGUCGGUUGCGUUUCAUUAAUUCGCUUAUUUAUUUUAUAUUAUUUAUUUAUUUUUUUCUCUUUUACGAUGACCACGAGAAAACGAUUAUGAGCGUGAGAGAUAAAUCGAUGUUACUCGAACGUUAGAAAAGAAGAAGAAGAAGAAGAAGAAGAAGAAGAAGAAGAAGAAGAAGAAGAAGAAGAAAAGUGUGGACCGGACGAUGACCGUUAUCUGUGUGUGAGAUAACAUAAUAUAAACAAUUUUCCUGUUAGUUGGUUCGUUCGUUCAUUCGUUCGUUGAUUCGUUUGUUUGUUUGUUUGUUUGUUUGUUUGUUUAUUGGAACAUUUCCGUGAUCGCGAUUAAAAUAAUUCAUCGCGUAAUGAUGAACGACAUAAUGGGUGAUAAUUCGGUUACUACGAACAAUUCUAAUAACGCUAAUAAUCCUCAUAAUAAUAAUAAUAAUAAUAAUAAUCAUUCUAACAAUGGGAGUAUCAAUAAUAAUAAUAAUAAUAAUAAUAAUAAUAAUAAUAAUAAUAAUAGUCAUAAUAAUAAUAAUAACAACAAUAACGGAAAGACAUCUACGGGAGCUAUGGGGCCCAAUGGUGGUGAAGGAAUCAGUGCUGCCGUCGCUAAAGUUCUUCAAGGAUAUGAUUGGACAUUAGUACCGGUUGCUACUAAGGCGGCACACGUGAAGAGACCAAUGAACGCUUUCAUGGUAUGGGCACAAGCUGCCAGGCGGAGACUGGCUGAUCAACAUCCACAACUUCAUAACGCCGAACUCUCGAAAACUUUGGGAAAAUUGUGGCGACGACUUUCCGAUAACGAUAAAAAACCAUUUAUCGAAGAAGCCGAUCGUCUUCGAGUUAUACACAAACGUGAACAUCCGGAUUACAAAUAUCAGCCUAGACGGCGAAAACCAAAUGGACCGUCGGGUCGUGAUAGUUCACCAUCGAGAAGCCAAAGUAAUUUGAUUUUUAGCGUGUCGAAGUCCUUGAAACAAGAGGAUAUGAGUCCUAGAGGAGUACAAGGACCAAAUUCACCUCAGAGCGGUGCUAAUUCUUCGCCAUCUACGACACCUAAUCAAGGAUUGUCAUUACCAACACCACCUACAACGCCUAGAGGUCAACAUUACGUCAAUCAGGGUAAUCAACAUCAACAAAACAAUACGUUUUAUCAUCAAGAAUUGGUAAACAGUACGACGUCGGUCGAAUCCCCACAACCAUCUGGGGUUGAUUUUCGAUAUAUCGAAGUUGGGGAUGGUUUACCGGUCGAAGAGAGUCAAUUGAACGGCCUUGGAACAUUUGGAUUGAAUCUUCCAUUAAAUUUACAAGAGUGCGAAGUCGAGAGCAACGAAUUGGACCAAUAUCUACCACCGCAGGUUGCACCUGUGCAAUAUCCACCUGUAUCAACUACUACCACGAAUCAAUGGAUAUUGAACAGAUACGAGGAUGAAACCGAAAGGCCUAGCAAACGUCAUUGUACCGAACAUUCAAUCAACGAAAUAACUUGGGAAGAUAGAACCCAAGAGAUGGUGAGGUAUCACGAAUUGCAGCCGCCAUUGCCACCGGUUGGUCACAUAGCGCCAUUACACAAUCCACCACAUCAUUCGAUGCAGAUGAGCCAUACACAUGUACCCUCUGGGCCUUAUGCCCAAUAUCAUCGAUACGGCGUCGAGGCCUGGCCCAAUUAUUUAUAAAUUUAGAUUUUUUAUUUUUUUUUUCUUAACCCAUUACCCCUACCAUCCCAAUCCCACAUCACUCACUCCUACCCUUUUAUUUUUUUUUUCUCGCGAAACCGAACGUUUCUGUUUUCUCUCUUUUUUUCUUUCUUUUUGCUCUUUUUUUUUUCUUCUUUUUCUUUUUUUUUCUUUACAAAGUGAUCAACACGAUACGAUCGUUAAUUCGCCGAGUGAGAAUUGUUUUAUCGUCGUGGUAUAUAUUAUUGUUCUUUCUCUCUCUCUCUCUCUCUCUCUUUCUUUCUUUUGCGAUACUUCUUUGUCGAUUGGAGAGAGAAAGAAAGAUCAUUCGCGAGGGACGAAAGUGUUCAAAAAAAGAAAAUAAUAAUAAUAAAGGAAGGUAAAUCGAUCGAUCGAUCGAUCGAUCGAUCGUUUCGAGUUUCGCAAAAUAUUUCUCUGCUGGUUUCUUUUUUCUGUUUUUUUUUUUUCACUUUACUUUACUUUCUCUUCUUUUUUUUUUUUUUUAUUUUUUCUUUCAAUUCCCUGCAUCAAAUUCGUUCGUUCGAGUGACAAAAAAUUACAGUAUUAGCAGUACUCGCGUCGAAAAAAAUUCUCGUAGUUCGUGGUAAGAAUCUUUUGUAUCUUUAUUUCUUUCUUUUUCCUUUUUCUUUUUCUUUCUUUCAUUCUCUUUUCUUUUUUUCUUUUUUUUUUUUUUUCAACGGAGAGAAAAGAAGAAGUGUAGUAAUAGGAGUAAUAAUAAUAGUAAUAGUAAAUAUAAUAAUAUUAGUAAUAAUAGUAGUAGUAGUAAUAGUAAUAAUAAUAGUGCUAGUAGUAGUAGUGUUAAUAGUAGUAUAGAAGUGAAGUAAGAAAUUGACAUACUCCAUGACAUCAUUCCAUGACAGGCGGCCAUUCCAAAGCGAAGAAUUUCAGGCUAAACAAACAGCCGGAGCUGUUGAUCACAUACUUACGUAUAUAUGUACUGUAUAUAUACAUAUAUACAUACAUAUAUAUAUAUCUAUAUAUACAUAUGUGUAUGCAUGUAUAUAUGUAUAGCCUGCGGCAAAUUUAAAUGUAAUAAAAAUAAAAAAAAUAAUAAUAAUAAUAAUAAUAAUAAUAGUAAUAAUAAUAUCUAAAAAUUAAUAAUAUUAACACACACACACAUAUAUAUAUAUAUAUAUAUGAGCUCACGAACUUUAUAUAUAUAUAUAUAUAUAUAUGAGUUCAUGAGCUUUAUAUAUAUAUAUGUAUAUGCAUAUACAUAUAUAUAUAUAAAGCUCGUGAACUCUUUAUAAAUCAAAUAAUGAUUGAUACAGAGGCCUGUGUGGUUUAUUAUACACCGUGUCACGAGCACGUUGUACAUACAUACGUCGUAUACGCGAACGUUCUUCAAAUAAACCGAUGAAAUACGAGUUGAUUCGCGCGAUACUACCAGAGAGAAAUCAAUGUAUGUAAGUAUAUAUGUAUAUACGUAUGUACGUAUAUUCUCUUGGCAGCAGUUAGUUAACUAUCCAAUGAAAUUCAACGAUUGAUCGUUUUCAUCGACUUUUAUCGAGAAUGAGAAGAAAUCAUCGACUCGUGAAUUUUUUAUUAUUAUUAUUGUUUUUUUAUUUUUUAUUUAUUUCAAUCUUUCUUCUCCUUUUCUUUUUUUUAUUCCGAAGAUCAUCGCGUAUUUUUUAUUUAUUUAUUUAUUCAUUUUUUUUUUCUUUUUCCUUUUCUUUCUUACCCGAUGAAUAAAUUAUAAUUCGCAGAUUCACCUCACGUCUUUCGAUAAUUUUUUUCAAAUUCUUCUUCUUUAUAAUUUUUCUUUAUCAUCAUCGUCAUCAUCGUCAUCGUCAUCGUCCUCAUCAUCAUUAUCAUCAUUAUUAUUAUUAUAAUUAUCGUUAUUAUUAUUAUUAUUAUUAUUAUUAAUUAAUUAAUUAAUUAGUUAAUUAAGAGCACAGUAGAAUUUGUUUCCUUUUUCUUCUUUUUUGUUUUGGUUACUUUUAAUCUAACGUUAAAAAGACGUCAAUUAACACAUUCGUCUACAGCUGUUCUACAUACCGUGCUUUCGUACUUAUCGUUAGAUAUUUAUUUUAUUAAAGGGCGUGCCAAAGGUUUGUCUUUCUUUAGGUCGAUCGAAAAAAAGAUUCUUCAGGAUGAUUAAAAAAAAAAAAAAAAAAAAGAAAUAAAUAAAAUAAAACCAGAGGAAGAUAAAAACACGAACAAUCGAUUCUUUCUCGAGACUUUUUCUUUUUUUGAUCGUAGAUUCCAUUUUUUGUUUCUGUGUUUCUUUUUUUUUCUUAUGGAUCGUGAAAUCGCCGUGAAAAAAAUCUGCUUAGUUUGUGCCUGAAGAGUUUUCAAAUUUUUUAUUUAAAUUUUUGGCCCACCUAAAAACUUUUGGCACACCCUGUAUAUAUAUAUUUUUUUCUCACUCUCUCUCUUUCUCUCUCCCCCUAUCUCUCUCUUUAUUAUAUUUUAUAUAAAUAUUAUUUUAUUAUAUUUGAACUAACUUGUAAAACUAUAUACAUAGAUAGAAAAAGACGAAAUGAUAAAUAGAUAAAAAGAGAGAGAGAGAGAAAGAGAAAAAGAGAGAGCAAUACACAAACAUAGACAGAGACGAACUAAUAAAGAAAAGAAAAAAAAAAAAAGAAAACAGAAAAAAAGAUUUGUAAUUUAUAAGAAUUGUAUGUGUUAGUUCGUAAGAAUAAAGAAGGAUAUACGAUGAUCUAUAUCACGAGGAUCUAUAUAUCAAAUGUUA